GUCGUGUCGUGACCGCCCUAGACUGAUUGAAAGUAAUUUGACGCCCAUUCCAUUGGAAUCGAAAUAAAAUUAAGGAUGUCGGAAGACAUGACCCAGAAAAUGUUACGGGCAGUUCUGCAGUCCAAUAAAAACGGCGUGUCCAUCACGCGGCUACAGUCAGACUUCAAGUCAUUAACGGGCGAGUUCAUCCCGCACAGACAGAGGGGAUACCCUUCCCUGGAGGCCUACCUUCGAACCAUGCCCUCGGUGGCGCGUUUGGACUACCGAAUGGGGGAGGUCAUGUGCUUUGCGGGGGUUUGUGAAGAAACUGCCCACAUCGCCCAGCUUGUUGCUAGGCAGAAAAGCUCAAAAAAGUGUGGAAGGUCUCAGAUGGUGAACUGCAGAAUGAGGUCCAAUCUCUCCUCGCAGUUCAUGUUCAGCGACAAGUCCCGCCUGCGUCAGCCUGCCCAGAGGGGUCACCCUACCCAGAGGGGUCACCCUGGGUGGGGCAUGGCAAGGCAGACUCGGCCCCGGGGCUACGGAGGGUGCAGCAUCGGAGGGGACUACAGGCUGAACGACAACCGGUUCACCUCCAACACCCCUCUGCAGCACAGGGCCCCCUCCGUCCACGCCUCCGCCCCUGCCCCCCCUGCGGUGCAGAUGAAAGCGGCCACGCCGUAUGAAAGGAGAGUGAUUUAUGCUCCCAGACAGCACAAGUUGAAUGGUCCUGUGCUAACUGUCAACAUACUGAAUGAUGCUGCCCUGCCUACCCCUUCUCCCAAGCCCACCCCCCCUUCCUCCUCCAUCCCUCCCUCCAGACAGGGCCCCUCCCUGGGAUGUGUGUACAACCUCUCCCAGGUUCAGGGUAGACUUAAGCAGCUGCUGGCUAAGUACAGCAGUGGUCUGUGGCUGUCCAAGCUGCCCUCGGUCUACAGAGACAUGUUCAGCCAGGACCUGCCUGGACAAGCCCUCAUAGACAUGGAGAAAUGGACCAGUGUAUGCUCGGUGGAGAAGCCGUGCAGCACCAACCGAGCAGACAGACUGGUCUAUCCCCCGGCCCCCGAGCCCAAACCCUCUACCUCCUCCACCCUCACCCCCUCUACCUCCACCUCCACCCCUGGCUUUAACUUCUCUAAAGCGGCUGCAGCCAAGAUCACCUUCAUUCCGACCUUCAACCCCCGCUACACGUUUACAGCCAAGCAUGGCAGCCCCGAUUCUGUGCCGGUGGAUGUGCGCUCCAAGCUGAAGGAGCUGCUGUCUAAGUACCCUCACGGCCUGUGGGCCCACGCUCUGUCCUCGCUGUUCCUGGAGACCUACAAGAAGCCCUUCCCAGAAGGCGUCCUGAACAACCUCUCGGUCCUGCUGGACAUCUGCACUGUCGAGUUCCCCAUGCCCAACAACAAGAACAAGGCCAUCCUGUACGGCCCCCGCAUGCAGCCCACCACCAAGUCCCCUCCCCCCCCGUCCGGGCUGCCUGUGUGCCCCUCCCUGGUGCCUCCCCUGGAGCCUCCCCGGGAGCUGUUCCCCUCCGUCCUGGUGAUGGACACCAGCGACGCCAGCGCUGUCACGCUCAGGUAUGUCGGCGAGGGCUACUCUCAGGCACUGGAAGACAUGGAGGAUGCCAUGAAACUGUUCUACAGACAGCCCAGCAACCAGCUCCCGGUACCGGCCCCUGUUACCGGCCAGCUGGCCACCGUCUGGGUCGAGGACGACGACGAGGUUGUUCGAGUCCAGGUCACAGAGGUCAUGGUCAAGAAGGAUGAGGUCAAGGUGUACUAUGUGGAUCAUGGUUUCUCUGAGGUGAUCCUAAGGACCAAGCUGAUGGAGCUGCAGCAGGACUUCCUCAAGCUGCCCCUCCAGGCCACCAACUGCAGACUGGCUGGCGUGGAAGCGUUUGGCGUGUCCUCCGUGGUGGUGAGGACUCUCGAGAGCCUGACCCUGGAGAAGAUCCUGCUGCUGGAGGUGCUGGAGCGGCCGGAGCGAGAGCUCCCCCUGGUGGUGCUGUACAACACCUCUCUGGACCAGGACCUCAACAUCAACGCCUGCUGCCUGCACGCGCUGCACGACACCUCCAUGAGCAGCACGCUGCAGGAGUCCACAACGUUCGAGGACGUGCUGGUGACCAACGUGUACACAGAUGGGUCCGUGUUCUGCCAGGUGCCCUCCAGGGGGCGGCACAAGCUCCACGAGCUGCUGGAGAAGAUCGAGGCCUUCUUGGUCACCCAGGUGACAUCAGAGUGCCUGGUGUCGCGGCCGUUUAGUGGGAAGGUGUGUCUGGCUCGUUACCAAGGGAACUGGUCCCGUGCGGAGAUCACCAUGCUGCACGGCAGCAAAGUGAUGGACAUCCUGUUUAUUGACCUGGGAGUUCCAGCCUCUGUGGAGAUCACAGAGCUGAGAGAGAUCCCUCCCCCUCUCCUCCACGACCUGUUGGUCAUCCCCCCCCAGGCCAUCAAGUGCUGUCUGGCAGACGUGCCAACGAGCGUGUGGACCCAAGAGGCUGUGGUGUGGCUGAAGAAUGCUGUUCAGCCCUCCAUCAGCUGCAGCAUGACGAUCUCCAAGGUGGACUCGAACAGGGUGGUUCACAUGUUGCUCUUCAACACGCCCGCCCCGCACUCCCCCUCCUCCAGCCUGAACCACCAGAUGGCGCUGGCUGGUCUCUGGAAACCACCCAGUCAGGGCCCCGCCCGCUUCAGCCCGCCGCCGACCUCCGACCCUCACCUCGUCCUCACAGACUUGAUGGGCCAGCUGUCUCUGAGCACCGCUGUUGGCAGCCCCGUGGCCCAGCCCACAUCCCCACCACAGGCCCAAAGUGGAGCAGGGGGCACGCCUACGAGGAGCGACCCCGCUCUGGAGCCCCUCGCUGGGGAGGUGAAACUCCCGCUUCCCCCUCUCAUGGAGCUCCCGAAGGUCCGUGACAGCAUGGAUGUGUUUGUACCGGUGGCCUGCCACCCAGACUACUUUGUGGUGCAGUCGUGGCAGGAGCUGUUCAAGCUGGUGGUGCUGAUGGGAGAGAUGAUCCUCUACUACAACAAGCUGGAGGGUGAUGAGGUGCCUGUGUGUGUCGGGGAGGUCUACGCUGCCAAAGUGGAGAACAACUGGCACCGGGUCCUGGUGAAGGGCAUGCUGACCAACGGGCUGGUGUCUGUGUACGAGCUGGACUACGGCAAGCAUGAGCUGGUGAGCUGCACGCUGCUGAGGACGCUCAUAGAGGAGUUCAGACAGCUGCCCUUCCAGGCCAUCACGGCACAACUGGCCGGGGUGGACCAGCGCACCUGGUCUGAGGCAGCUUCCAUCGUGUUCCGUAACCACGUGGAGAAGCAUCCCCUGGUGGCGCAGGUGGAGUCCGUACAGGAAGCUCCCCUGCCGUGGGACAGGAAGCUGACCCUGUACCUGGUCGACACAUCCCGGGCCGAUGCCGAUGUUUGGGUCCACAACAUCAUGGCUGACUUUGCAGAGGAGUUCACUACUGCCGCCUAGUGGCCAGGAGGAAAGGAGGGUAGCAGCUUUCAAAGCUCUUAAGUUACCCAGAACACCCCCAACGUUGGCCUUAUUUUUGUUUUGUAGAUGCCAAAGUCCACUUAGGGCUAUGUCUGUGGUGUCAUUUAAGAUGUAGCUGAAUAUAAUUGCUUGGGGGGAGGGGGAGGGGUGUACAGGGCACUUCUGUAACUAUGUGAAAAGAAAAGGCGUGUGGUAAAAAAUGACAUUCUGAAAGGUAAUCUUGUGAUGAGGCAGCAGAUUUUUUUUUUUUUUCAGAUUUUGCAUGUUUAUUUGUGUGCGUGUGUGUGUGUAGAACCCUUUCAGGAACGUUACUCAUCUUCCAGUAGAGGUUUAUUUUCUCAUUUGCUGUUGUUAGUCAUCACUAAUGUUUGUUCUAUGCAUGAAGACAAGUUAAGCCUGUUUGGCCUGGUUUUUGUUUUGUGUUUUUUGCAAUCUAUUAUUAUUGAAUUUAAGUUAAAUUAUUUGUGUUGUUCAUAGAUUUUUUUCCCCCCCAAACGUAUGAUGCAUGUUAUAGAUGUAUUUGCCAUUGUACCCACUUAUUUUACGACUCACAAACUAAAAAUGGUUAAAAUAGAUUAAUGUUGAGACCUAAAAGAUGA